AUGGAGUCAGCAGUCACAACGGAAGCACAAGCAUUAUUUGAUUACGACCGACAACAUUUCGACGAGUUAUCCUUUAAAACCGGUGACAUAAUCAAAGUUUUGAAGGAAAUUGAUGGCGGUUGGUGGCACGGUGAAUUAAACGGUACACAGGUUUCAUGUUCUAGAUCCGCAGACACCAGCCACCUUCUAAGUUUUCAACAAGAGAUUGUGCAACAUAUCCUUGAGGGCGAAUCAAAACAAAUAGCUGACUUGAACCUGCUUAUACGCAUUUUGAAACCCAAUGUCGAAGUGCUGUCAGAAUUGCUGUCGCGGCCGAAAUUCGUUGGGAAAUUGUUUUUAGACGUUGCUAAGAACAUGGACCAGUUAGCGGGUGAAUACACACGUUCCUGUGCAUACAUUGAAUUUGGUCUACAGGAGGCCAUCACAACAAUCCCCGUUGCUGUUGGCGCAGCCGGUCAAGAUUUGUAUUCCACAAAGACCAAAUCCCUCUUUGCAAGUGUGCACGAUCGACUCUCACGUUAUCCCAUUCUGCUGAAGGAAACGGAGCGUUAUUAUGAGGAUCCUCAUCCUGACAGAACAGCAAUCUGCAAAGCGAUGCAAGUCUAUUCAGAGAUUUUGGACCGUUGUGAUCUGCUUCGCAACCUGCGGGAAGUGGAUAUUGAGGUGCUUUCGUCAGAAAUUCGUGGACUUCCCGAUCAGUCGCGUCCCCAAAUGAACGAUCCAACCUUGACCCUGAAAGCAAGCAUUUGCGUUGCUGACGCCGACGGUCAUUUUGUCAUUGAUUCCUCCAAGCCCCAAGCUGUUCUCCUCCUCUACCCCAGCUUCAUUCUCAUUCUCUCUGCUGUCGCUCCCUGGGUCUACCAGUUUCGCAUGCACGUACCUAUAUCAAACAUCACGGUGACAGCUUUGCAGGAGAAUGAAAACGUGAUUAGUGUCAAGAUUGUAGGUGGCAGUUUACCGUCGGAGGAGCACAACCUUCAUCUCUGGUGCACUGGGGUGUGCACUCGUGACCUCUUCUACUCUACAGUCAUAGAGUUUAUCCGAAACUCGAAGGUCGCUUCUUCCAAUGGCCCACAAAUCCUUCUGCUCAUCUCCAGUAAAGCUGUCCUCCUUGAAGAGGGCUCGAGCAGUUGCAUGGCACGAUCAAACGCCCCAACGGGCGGAUAUCUGCUGUUGAUGACCAAAUCCGCAGAGGCUCAACAGGAGGGCUUGUGGACUGUUGCCGCAAAUGACCAGUUCAGAGCGCUGCAACAAUAUGGUGGCUGCGAUUUGGGUGUCCGCAUAGGUCAACUUGCCACACGGAAAUGGUGUUGCGGUUUUUCAGUGGGCAGGACGGCAGGUGGUGCCAUUCUGCGUCAGCGCAGUGCUACACGGGCCGCCAAACCGGGCGGCUUGGGGUUGCUACGUCGUCGAUCUGCCGGUGGAGCUACCGACGAAGGCGGGUGCUCCGGCUUCGCUGCUGGCACUGCUGCGCCACACCUCUUUGCACUGCGCUCCUCUCACUCCGGUCCGAUUUGCGGUCCUGCUGCAGAUAGAGAGGCGGAGGCGUUCGAUGAUGUGCCUACGCCCCCUUCUACCUCACCGCCACCACCACCACCGCCUCGUACUAACGCUAUUGCUGUCACCGAUCUUACCAAUCUACCCGGAUGUCGAUUUCUAUCGCACGAAGUGCGGACUCGACCUCUUGUCAAGUGGCCUGAGGACAUCCUCACCAUGCCAAAGCGUCAAGAAGUCGCUCAUUCAAGCGCCUUUAAAAACCCUCAACAAAAUCUCCAAAACCAACAGGAGGACCGUCUAACCCAUCUACGUCUCGACUGCACCCCACUGCAGUCCCACUGUUCACUAAUCUCUGGCAGCGGUGGGGAAAUGCCUCCCCGAUCUGGUGCUCGAGUGACCCUCGCGGGUGGCCACGGAAAUCGCGGUUCCAGGCCCAAUUCACCUGGACGAUCUGGCGCCAGUGGUGAGGGCCGAGGGGCCGCCGCGUCUGCCGGCAAGGUCAUGCGACGCAAGCGUACCGACGAGGUCACACAACGCAACGAGAAAGACGCAAAGAUUCUGCAAAUCAUUGAACUCUACUGCGGCAGUGGCCUCCCGAAGGGCGCUCUCAAACCACUUGAUCUAACACAACUGCGGCUGAGUUGCACGGAGAUGAGGAUGAAGGAGAACUCGCUGCCUCCGCCCGGCACCACCGCACCCGUUGGCCCUACGGUGCCGCCGCGAACCUAUGAGAACAUCGACCCCACCCCUCCUAUGGUGCCCCUUCGUCCUCCACCCAUUAUUCUACCCACCUCGGCUUCUGCUCAGCCGGACACUUGUAUGUCAUCACCGGAGUUUGUAUUGGAAUUAAGCGAGGAACUGUUGGAAUCGGCUGUUUGA